AUGUUCCAGCUGCCCAUCCUCAACUUCAGCCCUCAGCAAGUGGCCGGGGUGUGCGAGACCCUGGAGGAGAGCGGCGACGUGGAGCGCCUCGGGCGCUUCCUGUGGUCGCUGCCGGUGGCGCCGGCGGCUUGCGAGGCUCUCAACCGCAACGAGUCGGUGCUGCGCGCGCGCGCCAUCGUGGCCUUCCACGCCGGCAACUACCGCGAGCUGUACCACAUCCUGGAGAACCACAAGUUCCCCAAGGAGUCGCACGCCAAGCUGCAGGCGCUGUGGCUCGAGGCGCACUACCAGGAGGCCGAGAAGCUGCGCGGCCGCCCGCUGGGGCCGGUGGACAAGUACCGCGUGCGCAAGAAGUUCCCGCUGCCGCGCACCAUCUGGGACGGCGAGCAGAAGACGCACUGCUUCAAGGAGCGCACGCGGCACCUGCUGCGAGAGUGGUACCUGCAGGACCCUUACCCAAACCCCAGCAAAAAGCGAGAGCUGGCCCAAGCCACCGGACUCACCCCCACGCAGGUGGGCAACUGGUUCAAAAACCGCAGGCAAAGGGACAGGGCCGCCGCCGCCAAGAACAGGUCGGUAGCGCACGGCGGGGAUGGACCGAGGAGGAGGAAGAUCUCGGGGGAGGGUGGCUGGCGGGGUGGCGACCGCGCCGCUGUAGAUACACUCAUAUCCUUCCUAGUCUCUUGCGCGCACUCACGAGUUCUCCAAACACAGCUACGAAGAUUGAGUUCCAGUUGCGCUGCUGGCACUGUAGGAAAAGGAGAUGUUCCUCUUAUCCCCCCCCCCCCGCUCGCUUGGCGAUUUCUCCUUCUCGUGCCCCCACGUCCUCACCCCAUUUUAUUGGGUUAGUUGUUCCAUGCCCAGGGGCCUCAAAGCGGACUAGCGCCCGCUCGGAAUCCCCUUUGCAGCGACCGUCUCCGCUCCCAAAUAGCGGGGAGGCGAGGGUGCGAAUCCUGCUGCUCUCUUCCCCGGCCCGCGCCAGAUUCACUUGGUUAG